AUGGCUGAACAAGAACAAGAGAGCGCCCGAGUUAAAGCUGAACUAGACGAAAUCAAAGGAGGCAUGUCCCAGAUGCGAGAGAUGUUGCAAGCUUUAACCUUCAGGUUUGAGGUUCCACAAGCGACCGUGAUUUCAGAGACCACGGGCCCAGCAGUGGAAGUCCCACCUCAGAGGACAUUACCCUCAACCCUUCCUCCAUAUGGGCUACCCUAUGAUUUCGUCCCCCGAGCGGAGGUGGUGCACGAAAUGGGGCAAUCUGUCCAACAAGCUGUGCCAUUACCAGUUUACACCGACGCACGUCCAGUCACCAAUACUGUGGUUCCACCAGCCGCCUAUGCUAGGCAUGUUCCUCAUUAUGAAGAUCAAAACCAUAUGUAUCAGACUGUUGACUCAACUGUCGCUGGUGACGAAGUAAGGUUGGUGAUUCCAGCCAAAUUCAAAACUCCAGACUUCGACAAAUACAAGAGGCAUACUUGUCCAAAAAGCCAUCUCAUCAUGUAUUACCGCAAAAUGGCUGCACACGUGGAGGACGACAAGCUGAUGAUUCACUGUUUUCAGGACAGCUUGAGUGAGGCUCCUUCCAAGUGGUAUUUGAGUCUGGAUCAGAAUAGGAUCAAGUGUUUCGAGGACCUUCCAGACGCGUUCAUAAAACAUUACAAAUAUAAUAUGGAUAUGGCACCUGACAGAAGACAGCUGCAGAGCAUGUUCCAACAUGACAAGGAGUCCUUCAAGGAGUAUGCUCAAAGAUGGAGGGAACUGACUUCUCAGGUUGAACCACCUCUUGCUGAGAAAGAAUUGGCCGAACUGUUUAUCGAUACUGUCCAGCCUCAAUUAUAUGAGAAGAUGGUUGGAAGUGCUUCCUUGGGAUUCUCAGAGCUUGUUGCUAUAGGAGCUCGCGUGGAAUAUGGUGUAAGGAAUGGCAAACUGGCGGCUGUAGCUGUAACUUCAAGUGUUAAUCCAAAGAAGUUCUCUGGAGGGUUUCCCAGGAAGAAAGAGGGGGAAACAAAUGCCGUGACUGCUGGUCAAGGAAGACCUGCUCAGGCUUAUCAAGCGCAUCCAGUCUAUCGACCAACUCCAGUUCAACAACAUGUUGCGGCUCCUCCAGCUUAUCAACAAGCACCAGUAGCUCCUGUUUAUCAACAACCGAGAGCUCAAGCGCCGAGGCAAAAUGCUCAGAACCAGAAUAGGAGGCAAGGGGAGAGGGCGACCUUCAAUCCAAUCCCAAUGUCGUACACUGAGCUUUAUCCCUCCUUGUUGCAAAAGGGUUUGGUGGUUCCCAGACCUAUGGGACCUCCACCUGAUCGUCUGCCUCCGUGGUACAACCCUAAUGCACACUGCCCUUUUCAUGAAGGUGCCCCCGGGUAUGACUUAGAGGGUUGUUACGCUCUGAAGCAUAGGGUUCGGGAAUUGAUUGAGAGCAAGAUCUUGUCUUUUAAGGACAUGGGACGGAAUGUGAAGAACAAUCCUCUUCCUCCCCAUGGAGAUCCUGCGGUGAACGCCAUUGAAGAUGCAUCUACUGUUGUUACGGUUGAGAAGGUGGAGGAUGUUAAGACUCCUUUGGCAGCAUUCCAUGCCCGAUUGGUGGAAGCUGGCCUGAUCAAUGUUAAUCAUGACAAUUGUGAAGAGUGUGCCACAUACCCAAGAGGAUGUCAGGUGGUACGAGACAAUAUCCAAAACUUGAUGGAUGAAGGAAUGCUUCAAAUAUCCAGUGCUGUGAAGAACGAGGAUGUGUUGGUGAUUGAACCUUGUUUCAAUUUACCUGAACCAAUUGAAAUCCCAUAUUAUAGUGGUGGAGUGGUCCCGGUGAACAGUAAGCCAUCGCCUGUUGAGAUAUGUAUGCCCACGCCUUUUCCAUACGAGAGCACCAAGGCUGUACCUUGGAAAUAUGAUAUUACCGUUGUAGACAAGGUAGUUGAUGGAAGUUCAGACGCUGAAGUGACAGAAGCUGUAAGUGAAGACGUCACCAAUAUUGCAGGAAUGAGCAGAAUGACUCGUAGUGGUCGAAUCUAUACGCCUGAAUUCAAUGUGACUCCUCAAGGUCCAAACAAGGAAUCAACAGUUGUAACUCCUGCUAAAGAACCCGAAGUGGUCCAAUCCGAAGAUGCUGUGGAAUUCUUGAAGUUAAUCAAGAGAAGUGACUACAAGGUUGUGGAUCAGCUGCAUCAAACACCAUCUAAAAUCUCUAUUCUAUCUCUGUUAUUAAACUCCCAAUCCCAUAGGGAAGCUUUGUUGAAGGUGCUUGCUCAAGCUCAUGGGCAGUUACCUCCACCUUACAUCAAAAAAUGA